CAUCCAAAUGAACAGUAUAAAUACUGUGGUGGAACAUCAAUUCGAAAAAACUGAGCAAUUAGCUCAAAUAAACAGUUCUGAACUAGAAUAUAUUGACAAACCCGUAAUUUUACAACCGCACAGAAUCUCUUUGACACCGAUUCAAACAAAAAUCUAAGCCGAUUCCCACAGAUUUAAUUUGAACACUGCAUAAAACGUAACGCGAUGCAUUUAGUUGGUUUAGUAAUUUUACUGUUUGCUUGGGUGCAUGCUGAAUCGAAUGACCUUCCCCAUAUAGAUCCAAGAGUCGUUGGUGGUAAAAUAGAAGAUGCACCAAAAAAAGAAACACGAAUCGUAGGUGGGGAGACAGCGCCACGUCCAUAUCCAUAUCAAAUUUCGUUGCAAGUGAAGGUUCCCGUUUAUAUCGCAUUCUUUCCAACUGGUCGUACUGAAUUCACGCACAACUGUGGUGGUGCUAUCGUGACCAAGAACUGUGUUCUGACUGCAGCGCAUUGUGUAGUUGACUAUAAACCCGAAGAUUUGUCGAUUUUGGCCGGUACAAAUAAGUUAAGAGGCGGUGGUGGUCAACGAUUUUACGUACGAGAGAUCAAAGUGCAUCCCAACUAUCAAGAGCUGGUAACGAGUGACAUCGCUGUUAUGAAAAUCAAUACAACUUUUGAAUAUGGGGACAAAAUUCAACCAAUCAAAUAUUCGGGCAACGCAAUUGAUGGUGGCGAAAAUUGUACACUUACUGGCUGGGGUUAUACCAAUCCAUUCCGUGUUGGUUUUCCGCCAAAUGAUUUGCAACGAGCAUUUUUACCAACAAUCACAAAUGAUAAGUGUCGUGAAGAUGGCAUGAAUGUUACCAACACUGAAAUUUGCACUUAUUCACGUUUUUUGCAAGGAGCUUGCGGUGGCGACUCUGGCGGUCCUCUCACGAUCGGCGAUGGUCAAGAAGUUGUUGGCGUAGUGUCAUAUGGUACAGCCAUUUGUGCAAUGGGUAGGCCCGAUGUUUAUACACGAGUUUCAGAGUUUGAAUCAUGGAUCACUGAGAAUUGUGCCGACUACUUGAUUCAAGCUGAACAGAACCAAAAUGAAACAAGAAUUGUUGGUGGUAGAAAAUCACCACGAUCAUAUCCGUACCAAAUUUCGUUGCAAGUAAAAGCGCCCGUCUACAUUGGAUUCCUUCCGACUGGACGCUACCAACAUAGGCACAUUUGUGGCGGUUCAAUUAUCUCAGAAAAAUGCAUCCUAACGGCUGCUCACUGUGUGGCGCAUUCGAAACCGGAGCGUUUAUCAAUUUUGGCUGGCACAAAUAAGUUGAAGGGCGGUAAAGGAAAACGUUAUUUUGUACGAGACAUUAAGGUGCAUCCAAAUUACAGGCCACUGGUUUCGAGUGAUAUUGCAGUACUGAAAAUAAACAGCACUUUUAAAUUUGGACCGUUAAUUGCACCGAUUAAAUAUUCGAAUAAGACGAUUGGUGGCGGCGAAAAUUGUACACUAACGGGAUGGGGAUAUACUAAUGGAUUCAGAGUUGGUCGUCCACCAAAUGAUUUGCAACGUCUUUUUACGCCAACGCUUACGAAUGAAAAAUGCCGGGACGAAGGAUUUCGAGUUUCAAGGACGGAAAUUUGCACGUAUUCAUUCUUUUUCCGAGGUGCUUGCAAUGGUGAUAGUGGUGGUCCUUUGACUAUUGGAGAUGGCAAAGAAUUGGUUGGAAUCGUGUCCUAUGGAACUUAUCCUUGUGCUAUUGGGAAACCAGAUGCUUUUACACGUGUUUCAGUGUUCAACGACUGGAUAACGGAAAAUUGUGCCGAUUAACUGCUACU